AUGUUCGCGCGUAAGGUGUUCUGCGUCACUGGUGCCGCAUCGGGCAUAGGUCGAUCAACGGCAAUCAUACUAGCGCAGAGAGGUGCUGCCGCUCUUGCGGUCAGCGACGUGAAUGCAGCGGGUUUAGAUGAGACAGUCAGAGAGUGUAGGAUCCUCUCUGGGGCCAAAGUCCUAGCUUCCAAAGUCGACGUCCGCCAAGACCAUGAGGUGAAGUCCUGGAUCCAAGAGUCUUUCGCCAAGUUUGGCAGACUCGAUGGGGCCGCCAACGUUGCUGGAGUUGCUGGCGGGACGGGAUCUACAAUUAUUGAGACAAUCGCACAAGAAGACUGGGACAGGACCAUAGGCGUCAAUCUCAACGGGGUUCUCAACUGCAUGCGAGCUCAACUACCGCUGUUGUCAAAACCAGGAGGAGCAAUCGUCAAUGUGUCAAGCACCUCCGGCCGGAGAGGUCUACCGCACAGCGCCGCGUACGCGACCAGCAAGUUCGGCGUCAUUGGGUUGACAGAAUCAGCCGCUGGGGAAUACGCAAAGGAUGGUAUCCGGAUCAACACGAUACUACCCGGGCCGGUCGAUACCAAGAUCUUUCGAGACGGAGAGGCAUUGGGACUCUUCGACUCGGACACGCUUUCCAAGGAUACCUUGCUUCGCCGGAUGGGCCAACCUGAUGAGAUCGCAAAGGUCAUCUGCUUUCUCUUGAGUGAAGACGCAUCGUACGUGACAGGAGGUAAGAUGAACACCAAUUAUGACUUAUUGGCAUGUACUUACAGCGAACACAGCACACUGGAAUGUCGAUGGGGGCUAUCUGGCUUGUUAGAUUCGUUGAUGACGGUCUUCCAUGCUGAAUACAAUUCGAUGCUAUUCGAUUUGUUUCAAGCCUUCAGUCAGAAUGUGUCGUGCGUCUUCGAUCACCGUCCUCAUAAGGUAUGCGCGUAG